CGGCCUUUUUCAUUCAAAAGGCCAGCAGUACCAUUCAACUUUGAACUCAUCGCAGGUAUCAUGGAAGCUGAGGAAGAAAUGAAGAAAGGAAACUUCCGCAAAGCUCACGAAUUGUUCGACGACUUGCUCAGGAAAGACAAAAGCAAAGUUCAUUACCUGCUGGGGAAGGCUGAUUGUUUUGUUCUAGAAGGACGUUUGAUGGAUUCGUUGCCCAUCUACAGCGAGGCUUUCAAAAGCGGAAAAGUUCAGCCCAAUCGUCUGCUUCAGUUCGUCGACGCUUUGACACUUAUCAUAAAAAGCAAACUGGACAAAUAUGAGGCAAACGACGAUUAUGACACGAUUUUGCAAUGCACGAUUUGUACGGGUAUUUUGUGCGAUCCUGUUACUCUUCCCUGUGGAGAUUCCUUCUGUAAACUGUGCUUGGAGAAACAAGAGGCGAAGAAAUGCGAACAUUGUGACAGUUCGUUUGCAAACAUGUCUUUAAAGGCAAAUGUUAUCUUGCAAGACAUCCUUGAGAAGUCGUUCGAAAAGGAAUUGGGAGCAACUCGGUUGCGUCUAGAGGGGAACAAUUUGCACAGAAAAAGGCAAAGCCUUGCCGCGAUCGAGAAAUACCUCGAGGCAGAGAAACUAAGUAAGUAUUCAAGUAUCUCUCUCUAUAAUUUUAAAUUGGAUUUCUUCAACCUGUAGAAUCGAGCUCGUGUUGCCGCGAACAGCUACCAUAUGACAACAAGAAUGUCGAGCAAAUGAAUUACGUAACGAUAAUAAUAGCGCGAAGUAAAAACAUCAGUUGUCGAUAAUUUCCCUCAUCCUGAAAAUUUCAUUAAUAGCCAUUUUAUAGCUGUUGUGAUAUGAAAUGUGAUCGUCUACCCUUGAAAUGGCGUUAAGACACAACGUGCUAAUUUUAGAGUUUCAAUUGAAUUGUACAUUUUUACUGCAACAUUUUAAAGUUCCUCUUUCAAAAAAAAUUAAACCAUCCAUAUCGUCGCCAAUAAAAGCCAUUUGAAAGAAAAACUGGAUUGAUGAGUAAGAUCCCGACGUCAACUGUUUCUCCAAAAAAAAAUGUUAUUUUGCCAUUCGAGAACAAGAAACGAAACUACAACUGUUACGUUACUGAAUGUUAAUUGUAUUAAGAUGCGUUUUGCAUAAUCUUCGUUUUUUGUCCGUGGAAUUGAGAAAGGAAAGAAGCCAUUUUGAAAAGGAUGUCUUCAUCAUGCAAUCGUUGAACAAUUCCCUCUUUCUAUGAAAACAGACUGUUUUCUAGAUUUGCACUGUGAUCAGCAUACAUAAUUUGUAUUGUUCUUGUUUGCUUUCCCUUCAAUAUAUUUUUUAAAUCCUAUCAUCGAUUGGUAUGGAUAUUCUCCUCGAUGUUUCCAACACUUUUCUCACGGUGGUCACAGGGAUAGUAUGUUUGACAACGAAACUAUCUUUGAUUGGCCUUCAUUUCCUCUGUUUUAAUAGCAUUAAUGUUUGGCUAAGCCGUAAUACUGCAGGAAGAAAUUAGCUGUUGUUCACUUCUAGGGGCUAAAGGGCUAACUUUACAUAUUUGCUUAGCUGUUGAAUGCCACAGAAACUUUGAUGACUGUUUGUAAGAUGAGCCACUUGGUAAGGAUGGGCCGAUACAGUUUUUUGAAAUCAAUACGAUAUCAAGAAGAUACUGAUGUUUUUUCUUUGAUAUCGAAAUCCAUAGCGAUACUGUGAUGUCAUUGAGUUAAAUGGUAAGUCAAGUGAUUUGAUUGAAGAAAUUAAGGGUUAUCUUGCACUGUUCAAGUUGUGCAGUGUUUAGAACUCUACAAAAUCAUCAAUGAGAUAGUAAAAAAUUAAAAGCACAUUAUGGAGGUAAUAAAGUCGAAACUCCUUGUCAUCAAUGAGUUCACUCUUGCAGCGCUCACAUGCUGCUACUUAGACUUGAACACUGCGGUGCUCAUUUCCUGAUCUUGAGGCCAGGGUUUUUUUUGGCCCUCUGUCAGGGGUUGGACACUGGCGUAAGACAAAGGACAGACAGGUCACUUGCAGAAUUGAAAACACCAAUACUUUUCGCUAGUAUUGAUGUUUUUCCAAUCAGACCUCUGUAUCAUUGGUACUGAAUAUUUGUUCUCAGUAUAGGUCCAUCCUUACCAAUAUCCUAUUAUAUGAGCAUGUUACGCCGUUGCUUAUUCAACUUCAUUGGCUACCAAUUGAACAAAGAAUAACUUUCAAAAUUGCAGUAAUUACAUUUAAGGCGCUUCAUGGUGCUGCACCUAGCUAUAUUACUGAUCUCAUCAAGCCUUAUACACCUGGUAGACUUCUUAGAUCCUCCAAUCAAUUUUUACUUUCUACAUCUAAAUUUAAUCUUAAAACUUAUGGUGGCCAGUCUUUUACUAUUGCUGCACCUUCUGUUUGGAAUGCACUUCCAUUCGAACUUAGAUCUUGUAAUUCCCUUUCUUCUUUUAAAUCUAAGCUCAAGACGUGGCUUUUUAAAAUUGGUUAUGAUGUUGUAUAGAAUGAUGAUGUUUUUAUAGGAUGACAAUGUAGUUUUGUAGUUUUGUAGGUUUAGGAUUUUGUUCUUAUUUUUAUUAUGUAAAGCGCUUUUGGACCAUUGGGAAUUUUUAUAGAAUGACAAUGUAGUUUUGUAGGUUUAGGAUUUUGUUAUUUUUAUUAUGUAAAGCGCUUUUGGACCAUUGGGAAUUAGCGCUCUAUAAAUACUGUAUAUUAUUAUCAUUAUUAUAUUAUUAUUAUGAUCAGACUUGAUGACAUGCCUAUUGUGAAUUAAUUCUCAUUACAGACAAGUCUGACCACUUGAUUCAGAGUAACCUUGCCUGUAUUCUUAUCUCACUGGGUCGUUUUGAGGAGGGUUUUCUCAGAGCUAACAAGACUUGUCAACUUCAGCCAACAUGGCCAAAGGUAAGUGCUCUAUUAACCUUGAGAUGUGCUCAUUCUCUAACUCUUAGGGAUCAAAGGUUUAUAACUGUUACAACUACUAGAGCAACUUGUCAUGAAGACUUCCAGGUUCAAACCAUGAACUGUUGUGGUGUUGCAACUUUUUUUGCUUUUUCAGCGGAUAUCUGGCUUUAUGAUUGUUGAAUUGGAGAAAUUUGAUAAAAAAUAAUAGAUGAAAGAGGAGAGAACUUCUUGUGUCCUGCAAACAAUCUCAUGUUCAUUUUUGCAGUGAGCAGAAGGCAAAGGGAGGCCUUAGUUAAUUAAUGUAAUUCUAAAAAGCUGUAUCUCUUUCCUUUUUUUUUUUUUUUUUUUUUUUUUUUUUAACUUGUAGGGGUACUACAGGAAAGGCUGUGCUCUGCUUGGCCUCAAUAGAAAGGCUGAAGCAGUCGUGGCUUUUAUGCACUGCCUUGCAAGGGACACAGAAAAACCAGCUGUUAGAAAAUCAAUAGCAAAGGUGCAGCAGAAGGAAAUUGAGCAAUAAUGUUGUUAACUUAGCUGUGGAUUAAAAUGUUAAAUCUGUGAAAUUGUUAUAUGUUAUUGAUCCCUUUCCAUUUUCAUCAUUGGAGAGAAUUCUAAAAUACAAACAUCAAACUGGUUUGAACAUUUUAAACUUAAUUCUAGUUUAAAUCGUGGCAUCUGAUGGGCAUAUCUUGCCUCAAUUCUCAGGAGUACCUACUUUGAUCCUUCAGGAAAUAAAAAUGCUUGCAGUUAGUUUACAUUUUGUUAUUUCCAUGCAAUUCGUUUUGUUCCCAGAGAAGUUGGACUGCAUUUAAGAUUCAGAAAGUGUUUUCAGCCACCAAAAGGACACAUAGUCUCUUAAAGAUUUGAGGAAAGACUUAUGCCCAAAUCUACUCUUUCUUAGCAACCAACUUCUGGCAGUGAUAAGCAUAAUUUCAUUCAUCAAAGAAAAUUACCUCACUAGCUACAUUUUGUAUUCAUUUUACAGCUUCUACAUGAGAUGAUUACAGAAGGAAUUUCUUGCUCCAGCCGAGGCCAAAAGCGGGCUAGAACUGCAAACAGUGACAGUACCUCCCCAGAUGAAGACAACAAUAACAUUAUUCUUCACAGAUUGACAAGCCUUGUGGAACUAGUGGAACAAAGUAAAGAAGAAAAUGGCACAGGUAAGUGACUGCAUGGUAUAGAUCAUCAGGAAGUGGUGAUGUUGAGUGUUUGUGUUAGAAAAAUUUUCAAUUGAAUGUGAAAAGUUAAACACAGGAUUGUUUUGGUUUGGCCUUUGCUAUGUGAUUGGUGUAGAAAACUCAUUGUGCCAUUUUCUCAACAAAUCAGACUCAAAACUAAAAUCAGUGGCAACUUGGACACUUGUAUUUUCCUGUGCAUUGGGCAAUUUGCUUUUUUUGUGUUGAGUUUUUCACUAAAAACCUGCUUGUAAUAUUUUCCUUCAUCUUUUCUUUCGGAUUAGCUAGUGUGCAGGUUUUAUUAUUAACCCUUUACACAUGGACAUCAGUAUGCAUAUUCUCCAUACUGUUCUCUAUACAUUUCCAGAGGUGCUGACAAGGAGAAUUAGCUUAACAAUCCAGAGCUUCUGUAGUUGCAGAUCAUUUCCAUUAUUCUCAUGAACCUAGUGAGUGAUUCAUGGGUGAUAUUGUAAGGAGAAAUUAGAUUCUAGUCACUCUUAGGGGUUAAAGGGUUGACAGUAUCCUCUCUUCAAAUAACUGAAGCCAGAAGCUUAAAGCUAUCAAAACUGUCUGUUAAUAUUAUUUAGAGGUAAACCAGUCUAGCUUACUAGGUAUUUUUCCUCAUUUGUAUUCUGAAAUCAUUCUGUUUUUUUUCCAGAUGAAAUGGAAGGUGAGCCUGACCUGAAAAAGUUACGACUUGACAAGCGAUUUUGCGUAGAAGAUGUGGAAUGUACACUAUGCUGCAGGUAUAAUCUUUUCUAAUUUGCACAAUCUUUGCUCCAAAUUGAAUUGUUGUUAAAGGAAUUAAAGUGUUUAAUACUUAGAAUUAUUAUAGUUUAGUUUUAGAAUCACCAGUAAUAUAUAAAACUUACUUGAUUGCAUGACUUACAGAUAAUGCGACUGGGUACCAAUAUCAACUAGGCUUCAUAGCCACAUGUUGAGAGCAAAGAGAAUUCUUUGGUCAGGCCUCACUUUCUCCAAAUGCUUUUAAUUAGGCACUAUCAAGCUUUGGGGUUGAAUAACAUGAAUUUUCACAACAAAAUCUUCUUUUACUUUUUUGUUUAGGUUGCUCUAUGAACCUGUAACCACACCCUGUGGCCAUGCAUUUUGUCGUUCCUGCCUCAAUUGCAAUCUUGAUCACAGACCAACCUGUCCAAUUUGCAGAUUUUCCUUGAGAAAGGUGUAGCAAGUGUUGUCCAUAAUCUUUCCUUGGCUAUUGUUCCAAGAGCAUAUGAUGUAAACCUUACAUUUUUUUGCUUUGUAAUAGCAGUUGAUUUUUAUAUAAUGAAGGUAUCAAUAAACUUAUUAUACCACUGCGGCUCACGACUAUGGGGUGAAAAUAUUUUAUUAAUUUAGUUUUAUUGUAUUUUAAUUGCAUCCUAAUUGUUUGAUUUAUCUUUCUUUUGAUAUUUCAGUUUCUUGCUGAGAGAAAUCAGGUGAGAACUGCUCACGGAUUAGAUAAUUUGAAUGUCAGUCAUAUUUUAAAGAAUGCAUUAAAAGGAGGUGAAAGAUUUAAAUGGCAUUGCUUAACUAUACAUAAGAGAUCAUACUUGUGACACUUGCUAAGGCCAACAUGUCUCAACAGACUGUUACAGUUGCCAUAAGCAGGCUUGUAGAAACUGCUUUACCAGAGGAGUUUGCAGAAAGGAAGAAACUACACGAAGAAGAAAUGGAAAAGUUAGCCAGGUGAAGUUUGUACCGAAUUUUUUUUAAUGAUUUUUUUUGUCAUUCAUGAUAGUUACCGGACACAAAACCCUUUGUUACUUUGUAGAUCAAAUUAUCAAUUGUAAACUCUUAGACUAUUGAUUUUUAGUUAGAUUUCGUUUUCAAGAAAACUCACAAGAUUGCAAUUAUUACUUAUUACAUAGUUAUUUUCAUUGUAUUUCCAACAGUGUGGCAAGUGACACUACAGAAGAUGUGCCUAUUUUUGUAUGCACCUUAGCCUUUCCAUCCCAGCCGUGCCCUUUGCAUAUCUUUGAGCCUCGGUAUCGUCUGAUGGUUAGGCAAUGCAUGGAAUCAGGGUCACAGCAGUUUGGCAUGUGUCUGCAUGAUGAAGAGAAAGGGUAAGACUAAACCCUUGUGCUGUGGAUGACUGUUAGCUUAAUAUUAACAUUGCUGUUAGACAGAUUGAAAGAAGAUUAUUUAACAACAGAUGCAAAGUUGUAGAUCAAGAAAGGCUCAAUUUUUUUGGUUCAAUUAAGGUACUCCUAAAUGCUAUCUUCAGCCCUCUUGAGACUUUUCUACUCCAAAAUUAUAGAAAUCAAAGGGUGAACUCUGAAAAAAUUUAGAUAUUUGCAGAUGAACCUUACAUCAUUUUCACUCAAUAUACAUCCUAAUGAUAUUGGAGUUUUAAGAUUGAUUCCUGUUUCUCUUACUGAGAGCUUGAAAGUAGAGUUGCCAGUGAAGAAAAGUAAAUGAAUGUGGGCAGCAGUUUUGCUGAUACACAACAAAUUUUAACCACUCUGAUUGAAGGAAUGCAGCUGUGUUUCAUCCCAAUCUCUUUUUGCGUCAGAACAGAACUUCUGCCUGUUUUUAUAGAAAGCCACAUUUACAGGCUGAUAGGAUUAUCUCCUAAGCAAAUCCACCAGCUUAUAUUCCUCUUGAGUAACCAGGACAUAAUUUCUCCUAACAAUAUCAAUAGAAUAUCAAGCAGAAAAGUGAGGAGAAUAUAGAAAAAUAUAAAUUAGGGGAUUAUUAGUUGAUCCAAUGUCAAAUUCUCUGAACUAACAUUAUAAGAGUUGUAUAGAAAACUGUAAGGGAAUUACUGAUUCUUUCUAAAUCCUUAGAGCAAAAAGGUUUAGAGGCUCCUGAAGAAAGAGGAGAGUAAUUAUUGAUCCAAUUUUAGGGGCACAAUGUUCCUAAAUUUUGUUCCCAGUCUAAGCUCUUGUCUUCAAUGGAAGCAUUACUGAUUGUUUUAAUUAUUGUUGGUUUUCUUUGUAGUUUUGCUGAUUAUGGUGUGAUGCUUGAGAUAAGAGACUUGCAAUACCUUCCAGAUGGAAGAUCUUUUGUUGACUGUGUUGGUGGAAGACGUUUUAAAGUAAUUGUUUCAUCUCUUUCUCCUUGCACACAUAAAUAUGCAUUAUUACAUGUUGGUUGUUAUUUAAUUAGUAGUUUAACAUGUCAGCUUCAAGUUAAAAUAAUUUUAAUCAAGAUUGAUUUGUCACUCUCAAGUUGCCAUGGUCAUAGUGUAUUUAAAGAUAAUUUCUACCUUUGAACAACACCUAUAUAUGGAGAAAUUCCUCAUUAGUUACAUUGAUCAUCUCAAACUCAAAUAGGACUUGUAUUAACUUGUAUUAAAUUGUAUUAAAUUCAAUGAAUUGGAAAAUGAAUUUGAACUUUCUUUUAUUUGCUUAUGUAGGUUCUUAAAAGAGGAAUGCAAAAUGGAUACCACACUGCUAAAGUAGAAUGGAUCAAGGAUGAAACGAUUCCAGAGGAAGAACUUGGUAACUAUAUAGGCAACCCUUUAAAACUGCAGAAAUGGUCAACUUGUAAUUUCUCCUCUCACUGCUAGAACAUCUUUCGAGAAGCAAGUCAUGAGAAAGGAAAAGUGCAUCAGCUUGAAGAUUAUCUCCCAAUGUUAUGCCUUUGUUUACUAACUAUUUUACUGCCAAAACAUUUUGUAACUGAAAUAGAGAAUUACCAUUCAUAUCUGGGAAGUUAAAAAUGGACAUGUUUAAUUUAUCUGUCAUGCAUGUAUAUGUCAGUUAAAAGUAAGAGAACUGUGCUACUAUAUUCAUUGUACAGUGUUUUUAUGAAUGGUAAGAGUGUAAAUCUUCCAGUUACCUCUAUGACAUAUUAACUUCUCACUUUAGAAAGAAAUCUUGGAUAUUAACCAUUUGUAUAUCUUAUUAUCUUCAGAGCAUGUAAAUACUCUUCAUCGACAAGUUUAUGAUGAAACAAAAUCUUGGUUUAAUAAUCUACCACUCCUUCCAAGGGUAAGACAUAAAUCAGAGAAUUUUCCUCAUUUAUAGAGCUGUACCUCAAGAUCUCUGUAUGGUAAAAUACUGAUUUUCAAUUUGUCCCAUUUAGAGAAGGAUUACAAACAUGUUUUCAGAAAUGCCAAGCUGUGAUGCAGAGCCUCAGAAUCUACCUCAGGGACCUGUUUGGAUUUGGUGGUUUCUUUCUGUUUGUCCACUGCCCCUUGAUGAACAGUUAGAAUUCAUUUCCAUGUCCUCAUUGAAAAAACGCCUUGAAAAAUUACAACAGAUAAUCUCCUCCAUGCAAACAUAAAUGAAAGGAAUUUAACUAAUGAUCCUAUGAAUUGAGAUUAGAAUUUGUUACGAGUAUUUUUGUAAAUAAUACAGCUGUUCAUUGUUGCCACAACAAAGGCACAAACUUACUAACCUGUACUGCAGCAAAGUUUGGACAGCUGAGACAUAAUUUAAUUAAUUUUAAACACCUCCUCCAGGUAAAUUUUGAGGAUGAGCAUGGUUUAGUAUUUUAUUGUCUACAUAGAACUAAUUUUAGUUUGCUGAUGAAUGAGAAACAUACUUUAAAUUACAUUUCUCCAAAUUUGUAAUUAACAUAUCUUGACAAUUUUAUAGUUUAUACAGCUACAUGAUUACAGCAGAAUAUCAGGAAAAUUUGUCGCCACAAAGAUGGCACAAAUUUACCUACUUUUUACUGAAGAAAAUCUUGCAUGACUUUAUAAACUUAAUUUAGUUAAACCUUUAACUCCUUGAAGUGAUUGAGAGGUAACUUCUCCCCAUAAUAUUCAUACACUUUCUAGAAAAACAGGUAAGGAGAAUACUUAAACUUAUCACAUAGAAGUUGUUUUUGCUUGAUCUAACACCAAAUUCCUUGAAACAAUUUAGAAGGAAAUGUCUAGCAGCUAGAGGGGAGAAUUAGCAAUCAGAUCUUGGGAGUCAAAGGGUUAAUUGUUAACAACUCUAUAGGGUAAAUGUUUAGGUUAGCCGUGUUAUAUUAUUUUACUGUCUGCAUUGAUAUGAGUUUAGCUGAUGAAGGAAGAACAUACUUUAAAUUGUAUUUCUCGAAAUUUGUAAAUAACUCAAAUAGACAAGUACCUGCAUGAUCGCUGUGGAGUAUUUGGAUUGCAAAUGGAUAACCCCUACUUUUUCAUGGUGAAUUAAUUUUACCAAUUACACUGAUCACUGUAAUCUCUCAUGAUUAACCAUGUAACACUGAUUCCAAGGUCAUUUUUUAAACUAACUUAUUGUUCUCAUUCAAACGUGCAGAAAAAUCAUCCCGUAAAAAUUUCACAGCUUUUCUUCCCAGGAAACAGUUCUUUUUACCAAUAGAUCUUUUAAUAGUAGGCAUUAUCCACCAGUACACCUGAAGGAAAUUAUUUAACUAGUUCUUUAGGGAACUCUUAUUAAAAUGCAACUGAAAAUGGCCAAAAGUUUAAUAGAUCAUACUUGUAUCAUAAUGACAUUCUUCAAUCUCCAGAUAAUAUAAUGUUAAUAUUUUUUUUAUUUCUAGUGUUUGUAGCAGAGACAUCUGAGUGUAAUGUAAGAAUGUAUUUAGUGCCAAUUUAAUCAUAGUAAGAGUGAUUUCACAUUAGACUGCAAAAGUUCCAUCUUCCAAAUGAGGCUGCCUGAGAACAUUAUUUGAGGGACAUGAAAUAAACUUUGGCAAUGGAUGUAUCUUUUCAUCAAAAUCUUUAGCCUUAAACAUAUUUGCCGGUCUGAAAGAUCAUUUCUGGGACAAAAUAAAGAAGAAUCCAUCCUUAAUUAAUGCAAAUGGGUCUCAGCAUGGAAGAAUUAAAUUAAGGAUGGUCAUGGUAAUGAUGCUGGUGAAGGCAAUGAGUUUAUGAUAAUAAGGUUGACAAUGAUAAUGCUAAUGGUGAUGAUCAUCAUGGAGUCUGGUAGUCUGGUGCAGGUCAAUUUUUACAGUUCAAUGUCAGUAUCUUAGCAAUUACACAUUUACCUCACCCCUAACCCAACAACAGUCAACUGAUAACAAGUUGCAAAUGAUGUUAAGGUAGCAGAGGGGUAGGAGUGCAGUUGCUCAGACAGUGACAUUGAUCCAACACUACACAGUAUUACUUGUAUUGUUUGUAAUGAUUAAGUUAAGGCUAUGUGUACAGUAUGUUUUAAUAAGUAAUUCUUUGCAUUGCAUUGU